ACCCCUCCUUCGAUCGUACCACCCCACGUUAGCAACUAAGCCGUUGUUGGCCUGGGAUCAUGGCUGCUGGCCAUUGUCACUCAUCAACAACAACGCAUGUCUAACCGCUAUGAGGUUGACCUCAUCUAACAAUGGCGACUACAUCAGGCGAAACGAAGGACGGCAAGGCCUUCUACGGCUAUCUGUUUACCAAAGCGAAGCCGAUACCAGCUCCCACGCCUGUCUUUGAUGCGCUCCUGAGAGCUAUUGCGCUACAUGUUACGAACGAACUCGGCGACAAAACCGACGCCCACUUGACCCCUGGGAAGCUGGCAGCCUUCUACAAGACCGCCGGCCAUGACUGGGACUCCUUCUUUGCCGAUAUGCCUCAUACGGGCAUCUCCACGGUCUACCAGGGCCUGGGCUGCCAACACUCCCUUUUGCCAAGUGUCGAUGACUUUGCUGCCCCGUCGGUCCCGGCACUGACCACCAAGGGAUUCGUGCACUGGCAGACGAUCCAGACCUUGCUCGGGCCUCAGGAACAAGUGCCGGUGUUGCAGUUUGCCGCAGCACACUGGGCCUUGAAGCAUCCCGACACGGGAACUCCGCUGCCCGUGGACCUGCCGAAGGAGGCGUUUCCGUCCGAUACCGACCCCGAAACGGAUCGCUGGUAUCAGGAAUGUGCGCAAAUAGCGCGCACCAAGGCGGCUGCAGAGGAGCAAACGGAGGCUCCCAAAGAGGCUCCCAAGGAAGCUCCCAAGGAGACUCCCAAGGAGACACCCAAGGAGACACCCAAGCCCGAGUCCGCCGACCGCAAGGUUCCCUACACCCAUGUCCGUAUGAAUUCCUCGACGCCGCGCGACUACUUUGCUUCACGCCCGCCGGUCAACGUUGCCUAUGUACACGUUCCGUCUCCUCGCGCGACACCAGCCGGGCCUUCUCCUGAGCGAGACCGAGUUCGGGACCGAGGGGAGCGCUUCGUUCGCCGUCAGACGACGUCGACGGAAGAAGCUGCGCAACGACGCCGAAGCUUUUCUGACUACCCGCACUCACCACAAGAGGCGCGCCCCGUGCGGGUACCACGCCCCGCGCCCGAGCGCGAUGCACAACGCCGGCGGCAUAGCCAUCCUCGACGCUACAGCAGCUCAUCCGACUCAGAUGAUGCGCCCAUUAGCCCGCGGGUUGCCCCACGGCGUGUCCAGCGGUCAAACGAGCCACCGCCGAUCACCAUCCGCCGUGUUUAUACGGGCAGCUCCGAGGACUCGCCACGUGUUAUCCGUACAACGAUGGCACCGCCCCCAAUCCCACCGUCACACAUGCGUUCCCCUCGUCCAGCGACUAGUGGCCGUGCGCCGAGUCAUGAAGAGAGCAAGCGGCGCAGCGCUCUCAAUGACAUCAAGGAGAAGAUCUCUAACUUUAUCAGCCCGCCCGCCGAUGAUCAAGCGAGAGCGCGCAGCGUGAGUGGGUCGCGAGGGAGACGAGACGGGCCAUCAGGGUCGGUGAGGGCCUCAAGAGAAGAUAUCAUCCCCAAUUCAAGACUAAGCCGGUCAUGGUCCGAAAUCGACACCGACGACACCGACCUGGAGGAAGAGAGGAGGAGGCACAGCAGACGAUCUUCGCGGGAGAUUCGGGAACACCACCGUGACAAGGAGAGAGACCGCGACCGCGACCGAGCCGUGCGCGACCGUGAGCGGGACCAGCAUCGAGACCGCGAGCGCGAGCGAGACAGGGACCACGGCAGAGGCCGCGCGGACCGCCCCUCGCUCCGAGAGCGCGACCGGGCCCACAGCGACAGCGACCGGCUCCGGCACGAGCGACGCGAGAGAGACCAAGACCGGGACACCAUCAUCAGCGCCGCCGCCAACAGGGACCGUCUCGUCCCCGUCCCCAGCCCGGCCGCAUCCGCCGCCGCGACCGCCCUGCACCGCGAGACCAGCACCAUCCCCAACAACAACCCCCCGGCCUCCACCGCCUCCCGCCGCCGCGGCAACUCGGACGAGGACCUCUCCCCGACGCGCCGCCGCUGGAACCGCGGACCGUACCUCACGGGCGCCGUCGAGGGCGGGCACCACCGGCGCACGAGCAGCCACGCGGACCUGGACCGGCUGGACGGCAGCGGACGGCGCUGGGGCGGCGGCGGCGGCGGCGGCGGCGGCGGUGGCGGUGGUGGGGACUGGGAGCGUGUGGAGCGGGGGCCGCACCGGGAGAGGGAGCGCGAGCUGAGGGAGCGUGAUCACCGCAUGCGUGAUAGGGAGAGGGAUCGGGACAGGGACAGGGACCGGGACCGUGAUCGGGAGAGGGAGAGGGAGCGGUUUAGGGAGGAUGGUGGGGAGAGGUGGAGGCGGGAGGAGCGCGUGCCGCGCGAGCGGGAAAGGGAUAGAGAGAGGGAGAGGGAGAGGGAGAGGGAGAGGUUGCCGAGCCCGGCUAUGUCGGGGGCGUCGUCGGUUACGGGGGUCGGUGGGAGGAAAUACCCCGACACGAUGCCGUGGGUGAGGGACUGAGGGCCGCUUGGCCGCUUUUAUUUUGUAGAAGGUCGCGGUUUUGGACAGGGCAUGCA